AUGCCGUCCUCCGAUUCUAAUAAAGACUUUGACGUCAUCGUGUUCGGUGCUAGCGGUUACGCUGGGGCGUUCGUGGCUCAACAGAUGUUGGCGCUCUGUGAGAAAAACAACAUUAAGUUAGGUCUCGCUGGGAGGAAUUCUGAGAGAAUUAUUCAAGCGGUAAAAGCCCGCGGUGGCGCUCCUAGGGAGGACCAGAUUGUUAAAGCCGAUGUAGCUGACCCCGAAUCCAUCAAGAAGAUGGCACUACGUACUCGUGUCGUCAUGAACUGCGUGGGGCCUUAUCGCCACUUCGGUGAAGUAGUAGUGUCUGUAUGUGCUGAAGUUGGCACGGACUAUAUGGAUCUCUGUGGAGAGCCGGAGUUCAUCGAGAAGAUGCAGCUGAAGUACACCGACGUCGCAAAGAGCAGUGGUGCUAUCGUCAUCAAUGCUUGUGCAUUCGAUUCGGUCCCGGCUGACUUCGGCUUCCAGCUCAUGAGGGAUAGGCUGGCGAGGAACGGCGGGAUUCCGGUAUCGAUCGAGAGUUUCCUCAGGAACCUGUAUGGCUCUAAGGGAUAUGUUGGACAUUACGCCACGUACGAAUGUGCAGUUUACGGCAUGGGCUCGGUGGGGGAGCUACGUGCUGUUCGUAAGAGUUUACAGAGUGAAGGUAGGCACGUCGUCAUUAUAGAACUUGUUCAUCCUGCAUGGGAUGAAGCCAAAGUGAAUCGUGUUGGCCCUGCUCUGAAACAUCACCCAGGCUUCUUCGAAGAUGAUCGCGUUCCUGGAAUGCUCUGUAUGAACUUCCUUGGAAGUGAUCGCUCUGUGGUCCAGCGUACUCAGGACAUGCAAACACUCGCUGACAAGAAUUAUCAAGGUUUCUAUCACAACUGCUACCUUGCUGUUCAGAACACGAUUUCCAACAAGCUUGGGUUCAUCAUAUUUGGCGGUCUUGUCAAUUUCCUUUGCAAAUAUACGUGGGGACGCAAGUUGCUAUUGAAGUACCCCAAGCUGUUCACCUUUGGCUAUUUCUCCCAUGAAGGUUCUACUAUGGAGCAGUUGCAAGAUGCCGGGUAUCGCAUAGACUUUUUCGGUAAGGGGUUUUCGAGCAAGAAGGCCAUGGAGGACCACCCUGAUGAGCCAGAUGUUGAGGUUAAGGCCAGCGUUAGUGGUCCUGAUCCAGGGUACAUCGCGACUAGCAGGAUGUUCUCUCAACUCGCUUUGGUAUUGUUGACUAUGAGAGACACCCUUGCUGUGAAGGAGGGUGGUGUUUAUACGGCUGGCAGAGUGUUCAGAGGGAGUGAGGCUGCGAAGAGGCUCACUGAGGACGGCUGUGCUGUCUUCAGUGAAGAAAUUCUGGCAUAA